UAGCGACACGCCAUAGCCUAGCGAGGGAGAGAGGAGCGUUUGUUUUUCUAUAGCGUUCUUGUCCAUAGUCCAGAGCUAGUUUCUUAGGGCAUUGCGCAAUGCGGAGGCGGCGAGACGCUGCCGGCGCCCCGGCUGGAUUGCAAUGCGGGUGAUUCCAUCUAGUCGCGGCAAUGUAUCGAUUCUCUGCGGGCGAUGCCAGGGAUUUGGAGCUGCUGCUGUGAAAUCCUCGAAAUCCUCCAGGUGCAUUGAUAUUUCGAGGCGGCAAGUCCUCUGGAUGAAUGAUCUGAGCUCGUGGAUCCUGUGAAGGCUUGAUGCAUCAAGGUCGAAAGGAUUUGAGCUACUACUUCAAGGCAGAGAGCGCCGAGGAGGCCGCCGCUGCAAUGCCUGGUCCCAGAUCUCCAAAUUUCUCCGCGGCUGCCAAGCCCGAUGCGGCUCUACAGAUGGUGGAGACUCCCAAAUCCAAGCAAGCCGAGGUGGAGGUCGCCGAGGACGCGAAGAAAGGAAGAACUCACGAGGUUUGCUCGGUUCCCUUCUACAAGCUCUUCUACUUUGCGGAUCCACUCGACUACUUGCUCAUGUUCUUGGGGACCUUGGGCGCAAUGGCCAAUGGGUUUGCGAUGCCCGCCUUGACAAUCGUGUUUGGGCAGCUCGCGAACGCGUUUGGACAGAAUUCCGGUAACAUCCACGCCAUGGUUCAUGAAGUUUCACAGGUGGCUUUGCGCUUUGUCUAUCUCGGCGGCGCUGCUUCGGUGGCAUCUUUUGGUGAAGUAGCGUUUUGGAUUUGCACAGGAGAGCGUCAGGCUGCGAGGAUAAGAGGACUGUAUCUCAAGUCCAUCUUAAGGCAGGAUGUGGCUUUUUUUGACAAAGAAACCACAACUGGAGAAGUUGUUGGUAGGAUGUCUGGAGACACUAUUCUGAUCCAGGAAGCGAUUGGAGAGAAGGUCGGGAAGUUUAUUCAACUGACGGCUACAUUUUUGGGUGGCUUUGCCGUGGCAUUUACGAGAGGAUGGAAGCUGACUCUUGUCAUGCUCUCGGCGUUGCCCCUGAUCGUUGCAGCUGGAGGAAUGAUGGCCGUUGUGGUUUCUCGGAUGUCUAGCAGAGGGCAAGUUGCAUAUGCAGAAGCUGGAGGCAUCGUCGAUAGAGUUAUCGGUGCAAUUCGAACUGUAGCAUCGUUUACUGGAGAGAAGAGAGCUGUCGAAGACUACGAUAAAGCGUUAAAGAGAGCGUACAGUGCUGGGGUGCAACAGGGUAUCGCAGCUGGCCUGAGCCUGGGGUUUCUUCUGCUGAUAGUCUUUUCGAGCUACGCGCUGGCUCUUUGGUACGGCUCAAAACUGGUUCUACAUGAAGGCUUUUCUGGUGGAAGAGUGAUGAACGUGAUUUUUGCGGUUCUUACCGGUGGCAUGGCAUUGGGUCAAACUUCCCCGUGUCUGAAUGCGUUUGCUUCUGGCCAAGCAGCGGCAUAUAAGAUGUUCGAAGUUAUCCACCGUACUCCGGAGAUCGAUGCUUUCCAAUCCUCGGGCAAAGUUCCGGAAAAUGUCAAGGGGGAUAUCGAAUUCCGUCAGGUUGAUUUUUCGUAUCCAUCUCGGCCAGACGUUCAGAUAUUCUCAAAGUUCUCCUUGGGUAUUCCGUCGGGCAUGACAACGGCCCUCGUAGGAGAAAGUGGAAGUGGCAAGUCUACAGUUAUAAGCUUGAUUGAAAGGUUUUACGACCCACAGGCGGGUGAAAUACUGCUGGAUGGAACGAAUCUAAACGAGAUACAGCUGAAGUGGCUAAGGCAUCAGAUUGGUCUCGUCAGUCAAGAGCCAGUUCUUUUCGGCACGUCGAUCAAAGAGAACAUUGGCUAUGGAAAAGAAGGAGCAACACUAGAUGAGAUCCAGAAUGCCGCGUACCUUGCGAAUGCAGCCAGGUUUAUUAACAAGUUGCCACAGGCUUAUGACACUCAGGUCGGGGAGCACGGAGCACAACUAUCAGGUGGACAGAAGCAGAGAGUUGCGAUUGCGAGGGCAAUUCUUAAAAAUCCUCGGAUUUUACUGCUGGAUGAAGCCACGAGCGCCUUGGAUGCCGAGUCUGAGCGUCUCGUGCAAGAAGCUUUGGAUCGUGUAAUGACGGACAGGACGACUGUAGUUAUAGCCCAUAGGCUGACCACGAUAAGGAAUGCUCAUUGCAUUGCUGUCGUGCAACACGGAGCAAUCGUUGAGACGGGUACGCACUUUGACCUUGUACAACGUCCCAAUGGUGCCUACUCCCAACUCGUGCAUCUGCAAGAGAUGCAUCAACCUCCGCCCGUAGAGACCACUGAAAUUGAUCCGGACAGUGUUUUGAUUCAAGAAGAUAAUCGAAGUCUCAGCCGAGCUGCCAGCCGAAACUCUCCAAGCAGGUGGUCUUUCAGCAAAGCUUCUCCAAUCCGGUGGUCAUUUAGCAGGUCUUCGAGUCGAGGGGACGGCCGGCACUCGUUCUCAUUGACAAAGUCAGCAAGUGUCAAACAGGCUGAUGACAACGAUCAGAAGCAGCCGGUUUGCGAGGAUAUUGAGACUGGACGUACGAAGCCGAAGAAUAUAUCCAUCUUCAGGCUUGCUACUCUGAACAAGCCGGAAGUUCCGAUCGUCUUUGUGGGGUCUCUGGCUGCUGCUGCAAACGGAGUUAUCUUACCCCUGUUCGGGCUUCUUUUGUCAAGCAUCAUCGGCUCCUUUUUCGAAGUCAACGUACACACGCUGCGGAGGGACGUGAACUUCUGGUCGAUGAUGUUCCUCGUCCUUGCGUGCUCCGCUUUCGUUGUCGCUCCGGCUCAGAUACUUUGCUUCUCCGUCGUCGGCAACAGACUAAUCCGUCGCAUCAGAACGCAAAUGUUCGAAAAAAUCCUCCGGCAAGAGAUCUCGUGGUUCGAUGCAUCUGAAAACUCCAGUGGAGCGCUCGGGGCAAGACUGUCCUCUGACGCAGCACAUGUUCGAAGUAUGGUCGGAGAUACGUUGUCUCUGUUCGUGCAGAACGUAGCCACUGUUGCUGCUGGUCUUGUUCUCGCAUUUACUGCUAGCUGGCAGCUGGCUCUUCUGGUUCUAGCUCUGGUGCCCCUGAUUGGUCUACAGCAUCUUAUGCAAGUCAAGUUUGUGCAAGGCUUCAGCGCAGAUGCCAAGAUAAUGUACGAAGAGGCUAGUCAAGUAGCCAGCGAAGCCGUGAGCAGCAUCAGAACAGUUGCUUCUUACUGCGCAGAAGUGAAAGUCAUGGACUUGUACAAGGAAAAGUGUAGCCUCCCUUUGAUCAACGGUGUGAAGCAGGGGAUUAUCAGUGGAGUUGCUCUAUCCGUUUCCAACUUUGUGCUUUUCGGAUCAUAUGCCAUGAGCUUUUGGUUUGGUUCGCGCCUCGUGGAGAAAGGAGAAACCGACUUCAAGAGAGUGUUUCGGGUGUUCUUCGCCAUCACAAUGAGCUCCGUCGGAAUAUCUCAGUCCGCCGGCAUGGCUCCAGACAUCGCCAAGGUUAAAACCGCCGUCAACUCCGUCUUUUCUCUCCUGGACCGCAAGUCCAAAGUAGAUCCGUUUGACAAGUCAGGAAAGACACUGAAACUAAUCAAAGGUGACAUAGAGUUCCGCACCGUCUGCUUCAAGUAUCCAUCCCGGCCGGACGUGGCCAUUUUCCAGGACCUGUCGCUACUCAUUCCUGCUGGAAAGACUGUAGCACUGGUGGGAGAGAGCGGUAGCGGGAAGUCGACACUGAUAUCCUUAGUGGAGCGCUUCUACGAGCCGGACUCUGGCCAAGUUCUCCUGGAUGGGAUAGACAUAAGGAACUUCCAGGUGAAGUGGCUGAGGCAGCAAAUGGGCCUGGUGAGCCAGGAGCCGGUCCUCUUCGACGGCACCAUCCGGUGGAACAUUGCCUACGGCAAGGAAGGCGCGGUGAGCGACGAGGAAAUCCAGGCCGCCGCCGAGGCAUCCAACGCUCACAAGUUCAUCUCGGGGCUCCCGGAGGGAUACAAGACGAGAGUCGGGGAGAGAGGCGUCCAGCUCUCGGGUGGCCAGAAGCAGCGAGUAGCGAUCGCCCGCGCGAUCGUCAAGAACCCGAGGAUACUGCUGCUGGACGAGGCGACGAGUGCGCUGGACGCGGAGUCGGAGCACCUGGUCCAGGAGGCGCUGGACAGGAUCAAAGUGAAGCGGACGAGCAUUGUCAUCGCGCACCGGUUGGCGACGAUUGUGAACGCGGACGUGAUCGCGGUGGUGAAGAACGGGGCGAUUGUGGAGAGGGGGAAGCAUGCCGAUCUGAUUGGCAUCAAAGGUGGCGCUUAUGCUUCUCUUGCCAAGCUGCAUUUGACGGCCGCACCCUCCACGUCGUAGAAAUAUAUGAAGCAGCAAAAUUAUUAUAAAAUAAAAAAAAGUAAUAAUUUUACAAAACUGAAAAGAAUCACUUAAUAUACAUCAAAGUGUAAACUUCA